AUGACCGCAUUCUUACCGCCCUUGCCCCUCACACAGGCUCUAAACGGCACCUUCCGCCUGCCACCCCUGGACGGUACCCUUGCUUUGCCCGAGAUAUACGAGUGGAAUGCGAAACACAACCCGAACUAUCCCUUGUAUAUCUACGCAAAGAAUGGGGGUGGCGUUGAGACACUUUACUGGUCCGACGCCGGGAGAGCAAUGAAAGUUGCAGCUGGAAUAAUCCGCAAGCGCAUCCAAAGGUCAAAGGAUUCGCAAAAGCGUCCCAUAGUGGCCAUACUGUCUCCAUCAGACUAUAUCCCGUACAUCACUGUGGCAAUGGGCAUCAUGCGCGCGAACUACGUGGUAUUCCCCAUCUCCCCCAGGAAUUCACCCUCAGCCAUUGCGCACCUUAUCCAAGCCGUGGGGAUCAGCCAUUUUCUUGUUGGACAAGAACAGGCUAUGACAGAUUUGGCCAACGCUACCUUUGACAUCUUGCGGUCCAAGUAUCCGUCCACUCCGAUCCCAGAAUCGUCUCCGCUACCUAUUUUUCAAGACUUGUAUAUUUCGGAAUCUGAGAACUCUGGAGCAGAUAUGGAAGAGUUGUAUGACUGGGGCGGCAUUGAUGGCCUGCAAUAUUACUUGCACUCGUCAGGAUCUACGGCUUUCCCAAAGCCUAUUGCAUUCAACAGUGUUCGGGCUAUGCAAAUUGGCUUGUCCCCCUUCUUUGGAGAUCGCGACUUGACUGGCCAAAUUGUGACGGUACACUCUGUACCCGCCUUCCACGGAAUGGGUUUCAUACAGGCGAUCUGGUCGGCGUACUUUGGGCUUGUCAUAAGCGCAUACGAGCCCAGGAUGCCUCCUACUGUCCCAACGCCUGAAUCAUCGUUCGAAAGUGCAAAGGCGACCAAUAGCAACAUCAUAUUCUGCACCCCUUCUUUUGCUGAGGCAUGGAUAUGGUCUCGCAGGCCUGAAUAUGUGAGCUGGCUUGCCACUCGAACUGGUUUACUUUUCGGAGGCGGUCCCAUGAAUAAAGAAGUGGGAGAUUACAUCACCUCACAGGGUGUCACCAUCUUCAACUUGUAUGGCUCUACUGAAUGUGGGAUAAUGGCUACGUUCCUUCCCAAGGAAACCGGAUAUGACUGGGAGUACUUCUCACUGAGUAAGACUCACGCGCCGCAUUUCGUCCCAUAUGACGAGAACACAUAUGAACUCGUUAUAGUGAAAAGUCCUUUCUGUCUGCCCGGCAUCAUAAAUACUAAGGUCGACGGCGUCGAUGCUUACGCUACAUCGGAUCUUUUAAUGCCUCACCCGACGAAACCCGGCUACUGGAAAGUUUUCGGUCGCUCCGACGAUCAGAUCAUGCAUAGCACAGGAGAGAAGACGAAUCCAGGACCCUUGGAAUCUAUGCUUCAUCGGGACCCUCACAUUUUGGCGGCUGUUAUCUUUGGGCGUGGUCGAUUCCAAACUGGUGUGAUUAUCGAGCCUCGACCGGAAUUCAAAUUUGAUCCUGCGGACGAAAUCAAGCUCGCAGAGUUCAGGAACAUGAUUUGGUAUGCAUUCUGUGGCUUAGAGCAAGUGAAUGAAUACGCACCUCAACACUCAAGGAUAUUUAAGGAGGCAAUGGCGAAGCCGUCUAAACCAUUCACUUGGACAGCUAAAAAUACUCCUCGCAGGUCGGCCAUCAUCAAUGAAUAUGCUGAUGAAAUAGAUACUUUAUACGAUCAAGUUGAGGAAAGCACUCAAUCCAAUAUACCGUCUCCAGCCUCGUGGGACUUGGCAUCAACUAUAGCUUUCGUCCGAGCGGUUAUCAGCGCCGUGAUGGUGCACCAGGUUAAAGACGACGACGAUAUUUUUCAUCGUGGUUGUGAUAGCUUGCAAGCUACCUGGAUCCGCAAUUCCCUUUUACGUGCAUUACGCGACUCUGUGAAGCUUGACACGCGCCAGAUCUCUGGGAACCUUGUCUAUAAUCAUCCCUCGAUUGUCAGCCUCGCGUCAUAUGUGUUUGAAUUAGCAUCUGGAUCCGCGGAUGAUACCACCAGCACUGUUGAGUAUCGCACCAAUGCCAUGCGGGAGAUGGUCGCAAAGUAUACCAAGGAAUUCCCUAUCCCCGCUCAUACUCUAAACGGUGUAAGCGGCUCAACCGAAGGCGACGUAGUAUUGGUGACGGGAACCGCUCGCGGGCUAGGAUGUCAUAUCUUAGUUCAGCUUGCCAGCAGUCCUGAGAUUUCGAAAGUUUAUGCCCUCAACCGAGCCUCACCGGACGGGACGCCAAUGUCGGCCAGACAGGAGCGGGGUCUUCUCGAGCGGGGGCUUGAUGCAGGCGUCCUUGACAAUGGCAAAGUGGUUCUGCUUGAGGGAGACCUAUCCCAUCCCAAUUUUGGACUUCAAGAAGCCACUUACAAUGAGAUGCACCGAUCGGUCACGCACAUUAUACACAAUGCCUGGCCUGUCAAUUUCAAUAUGGCGCUCUCUUCGUUCGAGCCUAGUGUAUUUGGUGUCCGCCGCCUCAUUGAUUUCGCCUUGACAUCCCACAAGCCACACCCUCCGCACCUGACAUACACCAGCAGCAUUGGCGUUUUUGAAAAUUGCUCAAAGACUGGCGUACUGCCCGAGGCUCGGAUUCCGCCGGAACUUGCAGUGAGCUCGGGUUAUACGUGCUCAAAGUGGGUAUCCGAAGAAAUUUUGUGUACCGCUUCAGAGCAGACACCGCUGAAGGUGGUGGUUGUGCGGGUGGGCCAAAUCUGUGGCGGUCUAGACGGCGCAUGGAACCUGGCUGAAUGGUUCCCUGCGAUGGUCCAGAGUGCAACGACCCUGGGUGUGUUCCCAGAUGACGAUGGCGUCGUGAGCUUCAUACCCCCAGAGCUGACAGCUGGGGCUCUCAUAGAUUUCCGCAAAGCCUCUGUCGAGUCAGAUAUCGUGCAUCUCGUGCAUCCGUACCCUGUUAGCUGGCGCUCUAUCGCAGAUGCAAUCGCAUCUGAGCUCCGGGUCACUUUGGUUCCAUACUCAGAAUGGGUGAGCAAGUUGAAGGAAAUCGCGAAGCUUGCAACAGAGAGUACGACAGAUGGACGGGUGCAGGACGAAGUCGAGCUAAUGCGCAAGAUGCGGGCACUCCGACUACUUCCCUUCUUUGAAGGUGUCGCAGCAAAGCAACCCCAAAAAGAGGCGAUGAGAUUCAAUGUUCUCUCUACAACCUAUGCUGUUGGUGCAUCCCAGACACUGAAGAAUGCAUCUUCGCGACAACUGGGUGCUGAUGAUUCCAGGAGAUGGAUCUCAUACUGGCAGAAGGCUGGACUUUGGAACUAA